AUGACUGCCUACAAGCUUUGGUACGAUCAACCCGCCCAGAAAUGGCAAGAUGGGCUUCCCAUUGGUAACGGCCACAUGGGUGCAGUGAUUAUAUCCCAGCCGAGCAGCGAGAUAUGGUCAUUUAACAACAUUUCGUUCUGGUCAGGCCGUAGUGAGAGCACGCCAGUCAUUGAGUAUGGAGGCCGAGAAGCCCUUGACAAAAUUCGAAAGGAAUACUUCGCCGAUAACUAUGAACACGGAAAGAGACUGACUGAAAAAUAUCUGCAACCUGAGAAAGGAAACUACGGCACAAACCUUAUGGUUGCAAGAAUAUACCUUGCAUUGGAGCAUGGUGGCGAAGAGCCGUCUUUCACCGACUUCAGACGUGAGUUGAAUUUGGAUGAAGCCAUCGUCAGGACUGAAUACAAAUCAAAAAGUGUAUUGUUUCGUCGUGAAGUAUUUGCUUCAUAUCCACAUCAAGUGCUCAUGGCCAGGUUACGGACAGAGUGCCUCGAAGGUAUGAAUUUGAAGCUUGGUGUAUCCGGGGUGACCAAGGAAUUCUCAAUAUCGGAUGGGGAGACAACUGACUGCCUAGUCUUUGAAACACAGGCUGUGGAGGAGAUUCAUAGCAAUGGGACUUGCGGCGUAAGAGGGCGUGGAAUUGUCCAGGCACAUACAGUGGGAGGAAGUGUCCACAUAGUCGACGGCGAGCUACGAGUCAAAAAUGCUAGUGAGGUCAUUAUCAAAGUCUCUUUUCAGACUGAUUUCCGAUCGCUCAACGACGAUUGGAAAUUGCGUGUUCAAACACUUCUCGACAACGUCUGGGACACCUCUUAUGAGGAACUUAGAGCAUUGCAUGUCCGAGACUACCAAUCCCUGUACAGGCGUGUUCAUAUUGAUCUUGGCCAUACUGAAGAUUCAAAUUUCCCUUUGAACAAACGCAAAGCAAGCUUUCAAAAAUCAGGUUAUAAUGACCCAUCUUUGUAUCUCACAAUUUCUGGCACCAGAGCUACCUCUCCGUUACCUUUGCAUCUACAGGGAAUCUGGAAUGACGGAGAAGCAAAUGCAAUGAAUUGGAGCUGCGAUUAUCAUCUCGAUAUCAAUACACAAAUGAACUACUUUCCCACAGAAACAACCAAUCUUGGUGACCUUCAGGGACCUCUUAUGCGAUACUGCGAAUACCUAGCCUCCUCUGGAAAAAAGUCGGCACGCAACUUCUACGGCGCUGGUGGUUGGGUGGCUCAUGUCUUUUCAAAUGUCUGGGGAUAUACUGAUCCUGGAUGGGAAACUUCCUGGGGUCUUAAUAUCACCGGGGGAUUGUGGAUGGCGACGCAUAUGAUUGAACAUUAUGAAUAUUCUCUGGACAGAAAUUUCCUCACUACUCAAGCAUAUCCCGUUCUGAGAGAAGCUGCCGAAUUCUUCCUGGACUAUAUGACGAUCGAUCCACGAACAGGCUAUCUGGUUACCGGCCCUUCUAACUCUCCGGAAAACAGCUUCUACCCUUCGACACAAUCCCCGCGAGAAAAGCAAGAGCUUUCUCUAGGGCCAACAAUUGACAUUACACUGGUUAGAGAUCUUUUCAAAUUCUGCAUUUUCUCAGUGGACGAAUUGGGCCUGAACGAAAGCGAAUUUGCGGCUAGAGUUCAUGAAGCCCUAGCCAAGCUACCCCCUUUCAGAAUCGGCAAACGGGGUCAACUGCAGGAAUGGUUCGAGGACUAUGAGGAAGCACAACCGGAUCACCGUCACUUGUCUCAUAUCAUAGGUCUGUGUCGAAGCGACCAGAUAUCACGCAGACAUACGCCCGAAUUAGCGGACGCGGUACAAGUGACCCUCGCAUGCCGUCAAGAGCAAGCCGAUCUAGAGGACAUUGAGUUCACAGCGGCACUCCUUGGGCUAGCUUAUGCACGACUGAAUGAUGGAGGAAAUGCCUUUAAGCAGAUUGCUCACCUCAUUUAUGAUCUUUCGUUUGAUAACCUUCUAACCUACUCCAAACCCGGUAUUGCCGGCGCCGAGACUACCAUCUUCGUUGCUGAUGGCAAUUAUGGCGGCACAGCAGUCAUCGCCGAGAUGCUAAUUCGAAGUUUAUCAAGGGGUAAGAACGGAUCAGAAAUCGAACUUCUUCCGGCUUUGCCUACACAGUGGGCAACUGGAUCUGUGAAAGGGCUUCGAGCUCGGGGGAAUAUUGAAAUUGAUAUAGAAUGGGCCGAGGGAACUUUGGUAAUGGCAGUCCUCAGGAGUUUAGCAGCUGGAAUUGUUACUGUUUUCUAUGAAAAUCACACUAGGACAUUGGACAUGAUAGAGGGAGGGACUAUCAGACUAGAUGGUCAGGUGCAGUUAAUGUGAAUACAUGCCAAAAUACCUAGAUAGAUUUGGUUUGGCGGCAGAAAUUGGGUUAAUUAAUA